AGCAGACCGUAAACAAUGGCUUAAUCCGCUACCUCGUGGCGAUCGCCUGUCUGCUUGCGCAGCGCAGCACAGGGCCGCCGAAAAAUCGCUCGAUUUGCGCCGAGACAUUGCCGGCAUGAGGCUGCAAAAGGACGCCCUGAUCGCCGAAAGUCACGACGGACUCCGCAGAAACACCUUAGAGUUGUUCCUGAGCUGCAGGAAAGGCGACCUCGCUCGCGUGAAAUACCUCGUAGAAGAACAGGAAAGCGAACUCAAUGUCAGGGACAGAUGGGACGGUACGCCGCUCUACUACGCCUGUCUCUGUGGUCACAAGGACGUCGUUGAAUAUUUAUUGUCUCAAGGAGCACGCUGUGUGGCCAACACGUUCGAUGGGGAACGCUGCCUCUAUGCCUCCUUGAACAUGGAGAUCCGAAACCUUUUGCGGGAUCGGAAGGUGAUCACGUCAAGCACCAUGCGCCGAGAUGCCUACGAUGAAUUCCUGCGGAGGUGCCUGGAGGAUGUUGAGCACUGCGACGUCACAUUCAGAGUCCUGGGCGAAGCGGUCCCCGCUCACCGCUGUGUCUUGGCGGCACGAUGCGAGAUUUUCCGGCGUUCCCUGGUGGAGAAGUGGGCAGGACGGCAGCUGGUGCCGGUGACUCACCAAUCUGUGGACGCUUCAGUCUUUCGAAUCGUGAUGCAGUACCUGUACACAGGUCGACUCGAGAUGCAAGCCAAGCAGUUUGACAGUUUUGCUGACCUGGCAUCGCGGUGCAGGCUGGCGGACCUCAUCACUGACGUCAAGGAUGAGCUAAUACAAGUGCUGAAUCAGGGAAGCCACAGGAACCAACAUUCAGCAGAGAGUGAGGCGAUCCUGCUCGAACCAACUCAUUACCGCGAGCAACUGCAGAGAGACUUUGCCACGUUACCUUUUGAGCUUGCAUCGGAGGUGACUCCCGGUGACAUGUCAUUCCUUUCUGAAGACGGCAACCAUGCCGACAUCUGCUUCAGCGUGCGUGGCAGGCACUUCCUUUGCCACAAGGUGUUUCUCUGCAACCGUAGUGAGUACUUCCGUGCCCUCAUAGAGGACCACUUCACCGAGGCAAGUCUGCCGAGCAGUGGCCGGCAGCUACCGGUGAUCGAACUGCAACAGGUCACGCCCGACGUGUUUGGUUGCAUUCUCCACCAUGUUUACAGCGACAUGGACGACAGGCUCAGCGCUGACAACGUCUGGGACGUGCUGUGUGCCGCGGACGUAUACCUGCUGCCAGACCUGAAGCGGCAGUGCGGCGCGUCAAUAGCACGCAUGCUUGAAGUGGAAACUGUCUGCAGCACCCUGCGGGCGUCCCGCCUCUUCCGCUUGCCAAGGCUAGAAAACCAGUGCAUCGAGUUCAUGGCCAAGCAUCUCGCCAAGGUCGUUGAGCUCCCAGAAUUCCAUGAGGUCGUCAGGGAGGAUGCAAAGGAGGUGAAACUACGACAGGAGACAGACUCCAUCACCGUCAUCGAUGACAUCCGCUACUACAUCAGCGCCAAUGCGCGUAGCACUGCGGAGAUCGUGAACGCCAACGAAAAGCUCAAGCUCGUCGAUGACCUCCUAACGGCACUAGGACUAGACGCCUAGCUCAUUGUGAUUGGCUGCGUACAAACGUGACGUGCUGGCUCGGAGAAACAUUCUGCGAGGACAAGACUGGCGAGUUGUGCAUUUCAGUGCACAUUACGUUGGAACACGCCCAGGACAGCAGGGCUCCAUCGUGCCACAUGCAUUGGCAUCUGUCCUGGCGGACACUGGCAUGUUGCCUUUGUUUCAAUUGUUUCAGAGUUAAAGCUUGAAGCUCAAAAUCUGUGCAGCGCUGCAAAGAAGUGGAGUUAUGCACAUUUCACUGCGUCUGCCUUUGCAGAAGGAUGAGUGAUAUUUUAACUAUAAUCAGUGACUAAAUUAGUAAUCAAACACAACCCAGUCGAGGCUUCUUUUCAGUUACAUGCAAGACGUUCUGUUGCCCUAAACUCGUAAAGAAACUUGUAAUGCCAUUCAUACAUAAGCAAUUGACUUGGCUGUGCAGUGAGGUAAAUUAGGUGCAAGGGCAGGCAGGCCGUGCCAAACCAGAGUAAUGAAGCAUGGUGAAGAAAUUAAAGAUAAGAGUACUGCAUGUCAUGUUCUGAAUCAAGCUCUAUUGUCAACGCUGUAAAAAAUGUAAUGCUAGAGUUACUGUAUAUGCUACCUUUAGGUAGCAGAGUUGCACAUCUGUCUUCCAAACGCCACGAGCAACCAUGCAUUGCAGAGGAGCUGACGCUCAAUUUUUGCAUUUUUUGACGACGACGACGCAGUGAACUGGAUUGGCACUAGUCAUCGACAGUCAAGUUAAUCACCGGUCUUCGACACGCCUAGCGUGUCGAUCGGCGACACGGCGGGCAUGUCCCCUACAAAAAGAGAGUGCAGCUUCGCCGCAUAGCUGUGGUUGCUAGCCAGACCUAUGCGCAACUCUGCUACCUAAAGGUAGCAUAUACAGUGACUCUAUGUAAUGCUUGCUUAAGGUGCACCUGGCAGCAAAAAGGUGUAUGGAGGCAACCUCCUCCUCCUCUGGCGUUAGCUGCUUCUCUCACAGCCGACGACAUAGUCUUGCCAAUUUCAUAGAUGCGGCAUAUCAGUCCACCCAUGGUGGGUAUGAACCAUUCUCUCGCAGCCUCUGACAUAGUCUCAGCAAUUUCACAGACAGGGAAUGUACGCUUGCACUUAAAAGCCAAAUUUGCAGCAGUUAUUAUGUGAUGCCCUAUGUGAACAUAGACAUUGUGUCCAGAAUGCUUCUAAAACCAUAGGACUGCCACUUUUGCACAGGUACGUCAUUUGCUCGAUCAUGAAAGCUGCUCAGACAUUAGUGGCACUGUUGCGAACUUGCAACACUACUGACAUGAGAGUUGGUAACUAAAUUUUUCGCUUUCUUGCCUCUUUAACAGUGCCAACUGUAUUUUUGGAUUUUUUUCCUAAAUUCUUUCACUGCACAAGUGACCUUGGAGACAUUCGCCACAGAAAUUCCGCUGGGGCAAAUGAACUCUUUUGUCAUGAAAGUACAGGAAAGUACCAUUCAUUUCAUCAAAAAGAUGUUAUUCAUAAAAAUUAGAGCUGUGCAAAUAGCAAAAUUUUGGGUGCGAAGCGAAUUCGAAUAUUGACGUGUGAGUGCGAAUCAAAUCGAAUAUUUCUCGAAUAUUUCUCGAAUAUUUUUCUAAUACUUCGAAGCGAAAUUGCAGAAGAAAAAGUUAGAGAGGAUUCCUAAGCACAUUCUUAUGAGAUAGCAACAUGAAAGUGUUUCUCUUCGCUAGGUUGAUGAAGCACUGGCGGGGUGGUGUUUCAUAGUUGUCUUAUCAAGAAUGAGGCAAUGUAGAGGCCGAUUUCUAUUUAUGUACAUGAUUUGGUGCAACCAAAGUGCUGCUGACAACACUUUACACGUGAUCGGCAAAGAUGCCAUUUCCUCAGCCUCUCCUCCUCUUUCAACUUCUGUGGAAGCCCAACUGACGUGGCGGACGAGACUGUGCUCCCUUCAAGUCUGGAGUUCCAAAUCUGACUCGUAGACGUCGAUGUAUGAGAACAUCUGAAAUUUUGGAUGCUAAAAAGCUUCGGUGUCCGAUUUUUCGGACUUCCUGCCCAAAUUUCAGGUCCAAAACAGCAUUACUUGAGCCCCCACCACUGCCACAUCUUUCAUCUCCAUGUUGGAACCAGCGUUUUCUUGAGUUAAUACAUUUGAGACCGUAGCAGAGCUUGAAAGGCAGCUUUGCCGCAAUGCCGGGGUGCGAUGAGGUGAAGCAUAUUGAAAAUCUAGAGACUACUUCCAAUCGGACGUUGUGUCUUGUCAAAGUUCGACCGUAACGGAGCUUGAAAGGCAGCUUUGCCGCAAUACCGGGGUGUGAUGAGGUGAAGCAUAUUGAAAAUCUAGGGGCCACUUCAUAUUGGACGUUGACUGUGUCUUGGCAAAGUUCGACCGUAACGAAGCUUGAAAGGCAGCUUUUCCGCAAUACGCGAGUGUAACGAGGUGAAGUAGAUUGAAAAUCUGAAGGUGUCGCUUUCAAUCGUACGUUGACUGUAUUUGUUUUUGGGAAGUUCAAAUAGUUCAAAUAGUAAAAUUCCAUUGCGAAUCGAAUAGCAAACACUAUUCGAAAAAUAUUCGAAAUUUCGAAUAUUCGCACACCCCUAAUAAAAAUGCAUCAAGGAUGUCAUUUUUAGGAAUAAAACUGCGUGUUAUGUGAAUGCACCAUGAUGACACUUAUGGUGUGUGCACUUAUGUUUGACAACUGCAAUAUGGGAGCACACAUAAUAGCUUACCCCUGUUUUAUAACCCUGACACACUCCUGUGAUACAACAAUGCUCCUAAUUUGCAAAGCAUCUCAAGAUGCACUCUAUAAUGAAAUGUUGAACAAGAUUUGUACAUACUGUUGACUGAAUGUAUGAAUAAAGUGUUUUCUUUGGA